ACAGCGCACGGCGAGGGGCGUGGCUAGUGCUCGGCGGGUUUUUGACGGUUGCGGGCACCGGGAACGGUUGGGAAUCGAAUGAUCGGUGUGGGACCUUGUUAUUGAUCAAGUAUUGCUGUCAUGGCAUUGGACAAAAUUAUCCAGGAUGCACUGACCCAGUUUGUUCAACUUCACAUCCCAGAUGCUGAUCUCAGUGUGAUGGAUGAGGUGAUUCUGUCCUAUAUCACCAGUGUACUGGAGGAACUUGGAUCUCCAGACUCGUCUGAAGAGAACUUUGAUGUGGAAAUGUUUGUGGAAAUGAUGGCAGCUUAUGUCCCAGGCUUCGCAGAGAUAAGCAGUGUCACUAUCUGCGAGAUGAUGUUUGAUUUGGCUGCACGUCUGGUAGAAGCUCGUAACAAAGAAAAUGUUCACCCCCUGACUGCCUCUCAAGACUGCGAGUCCUUUUCAAAGGAACUGGCUAGCAGCAAAGAAGACAAGAAAUCAUCAGAGCCAGAAAGUAACCCAGUGCCAAGAGAGGGAGCCAGCGCAAAGGAAGGAUGUGGCAAGGUAGAUGAUGGCGUCCAGCUGCUUGUCGAGAUGUUUCCAUCCUGCAGUCUGUCAGUCAUGCACAAAGCUUUGUCUGUGGCUAAAGGCAACUUGGAUUAUGCGGUGCAGUUAAUCAUGGAGGGUAGGGUGAAGCAACCUGAAGCUGAGACUCUGGAGGAAACUCUCCCCAAAGCAGAUAAGAAAAUCAAAGCAAGCAUCUUGGAGAAGUAUAUGAUGGUGGAUAAUGAGGACGACGUCAAAACACACAAGCCUAUUGCACCCAAAGCGGCUCCCAAGAAGCUUAUCCGAUACAUAGACAACCAGGUAGUGAGCACAAAGGGAGAACGAUACACUGAAGUCAAGAAAACUGAAAGUGAAGAAAUGAAGAAAACCUACAUCAACCUUAAACCUGCCAGGAAAUAUAAAUUCCACUGAGAUGCCAAUUGAGUGCUUCCCAGACAGAUCCAGCAUGGGCUAACUUCAUUCCCUUAUUUCCUGUAUCCAACACAGUUCAAGGAUAAAAUAUUUUUUCUUUUCAGAACUGGACAAUGGGUGGGGGUAAGAGUGCAAAGCAUUCAUUCGUCUCUUUCUUACAAAGGGGUCUAUGUCACUUAAUCACUGAGAAUGCUGAUUUCCUUAAGACCCCAGCAAUAUUUUUUUCCAUUUGACAUUGUUACUGUGAGCACUGCAUUAUUGCAGCUUAGGGCUCUGCAUCUUGUAGUACACAAAUAUAGUAACAUUGUACAGCUGAAUUCACUGACACACUGCUUCAGAACAGCAUUAUCUAAAUGUGGCCUUGAUGUCAUUACUUCAGUAGAUUUUUUUAAACUUUAACUCUCCUUCCAUAGUGUUAAAUAGAUAAACAUUUUUCAGUGUGGGUUUGGAUAAAGUAUUUUUUAAAAAAACGUCCCUCUCCAAGUCAAUUAAGUGGUCAAGCAGGGAUCCACUGAUGAUCUCAGUGUUUCUAUUACUGUGUGCUCACUUCAGAGGCUUCUAUGACCAACAGAGCACCUUAAAGGAAAAGUGCAGUCAUUUCAUUUAGAUGUCUCUAGCUGCAACUCACUUUGAGCUCCCUUUGAUAAAUUGCUGCAAAUGGGAUUCAUUAUUUGUUGGAGGAGCUAAAGACUGGAUUUUUAAUUUUUUUAAUCAGGAAAGCUACUUCCCUUUAAAAGAAUUUACUGAGUGGAGUAGCCUAGUUUUAAAUUAUUUUUUAUGAAUAGAGCUAAAAUUAGGUUUGUUAGUUUGAUAUAAACUUAUAAUGGUUCAUGAAAGAAUAGGAGCAAGAAAGUUUGAACACCUCAGAUGCACAGACUGAUCAGAAUGUAAAAGUUCUCAGUGCACGUGUUCUUCAAAACUGUAUCUCCCCAGCUGGAAUUUGGUUAAUAUAUAUAAUAUUAGUAUGGCACUUUAAAAAUGAUGUGAUUUUGUCGAUAAUGAUUGAAGCAGUGGGGUGAGUUGAGGUUUUAGACAGUUUUGUUUUAAUCACUGUACCUGUCUGUGAAAGAAUAUAGCAAUCUAUAAAUAAAUAAUUUGUACUGCUUUUAUUAUAAUCUGUUCACUUAUGUUUACAGUGUGUAUGAUUCUGUGUUCUG